AUGUUAAACAGAAAUCGCGAGGAAGGACACGAACAUCUAUACCGCGAUUACUUUGCGGAUAAUUGUGUAUACGGGGCGAAGGACUUCAAAAGAAGAUUUCGUUUGAGUAGGAAUGUGUUCUUACGAAUCACCAACGCCUUGCAAAGCCGAUAUGAUGCUAGAGGUAGACAAGGGUUUACAACGUUGCAGAAAUAUGCUGCGGGCAUUCGUUUGAUGGCUAUGAGGGAGUUACCUGACACCAUGGACGACUAUAUGAGAAUGUCCGAAAGAACCGCAAGAGAGAGUUUGUAUACAUUGUCAAGGGGUGUUGUUGAAACUUUUGGAGACGUGUAUUUGCGGAAACCUUCGUUGCAUGAUUUGCAAGAAUUGUAUGCGACGCAUGAAGAACGCCAUGAGUUUCCCGGAAUGAUAGGAAGCAUUGUUGCACACACUGGAAAUGGAAAAAUUUCGCCAAUAUUCAACGAUCUUUUGAAUGGAAAAGCCUUGGAUGCUCCUUUCACGGUGAAUGGAAACGAAUACAAAUAUGGGUAUUACCUUACAGAUGGAAUAUAUCCUCAGUAUUCCACAUUCGUGAAGGCAUUCUGCCACCCGGUUGAAGAACGAGACAAUUUUUUUAAGAGAAGACAAGAAGGAUCACGUAAGGAUGUGGAACGUGCUUUUGGAGUGCUGAAGGCGAAGUGGCAUAUAGUCGAACAUGCAGCACGACCAUCGGAUUUAGAAACUCUACGAUAUAUCAUGUAUGCAUGUAUCAUAAUACAUAACAUGGUAGUAGAAGAUAAAGGGCGAAAUAUUGCACACUAUAUCCCAACGAAGCCCAGACACGUUCAGUUUCAACCAGGAACAACAGAUUAUUUGCAUCGCGUUGUUGAAAUUCAGGACGCAACUAAACACAAACAACUUCGAGAGGACUUAGCGGAUUAUAUAUUCUAUGGUAACAAUAACGAUAACGGAUAG